GUUCUUAGCGGUGAGCACCGCACCAACAUUCUCCAUACCCACUUGAGAGAGUUUCAGAAACACCAAAUCCAGGGAACAUCUUUCUAUUUUUGCGCCUUCUUCUUCUUCUUCUUCCUUCUUCUCCCUUCCCUGGAUUUUGUUUCUUUCGUCAAAAAAUUUAAAAAUGUUCAUCGACAGUUUUAAGGUUGAAUCCCCCAAUGUUACAUACUCCGAUCAUGAGAUUCAUUCCAUCUACAAUUACGACACUACAGAGCUCCUUCAUGAGAACAGAAAUGGAACUUAUCAGUGGAUUGUCAAACCCAAAUCCGUUCAAUAUGAAUUCAAGACUGAUAUUCGUGUUCCCAAAUUAGGGAUGAUGCUUGUUGGAUGGGGUGGAAAUAAUGGCUGUACUCUCACUGGAGGUAUCAUAGCCAACCGAGAAGGGAUUUCUUGGGCAACCAAGGAUAAAGUUCAACAAGCUAAUUAUUUUGGGUCCUUAACUCAAGCAUCUUCCAUCAGGGUUGGCUCUAUUGAUGGUGAGGAGAUCUAUGCUCCAUUUAAGAGCCUCCUUCCAAUGGUCAAUCCUGAUGAUAUUGUGUUUGGCGGGUGGGACAUAAGUGAUAUGAACUUGGCUGACGCCAUGGCCAGAGCUAAGGUCCUUGAUAUUGAUCUACAAAAGCAAUUGAGACCUUACAUGGAAUCCAUGGUCCCGCUUCCUGGAAUCUUCGAUCCUGAUUUUGUUGCUGCUAAUCAGGGCUCACGAGCCAAUAACGUUAUCAAAGGAACCAAGAAAGAGCAACUUCAGCAAAUUAUUAAAGAUAUCAGGGAAUUUAAGGAGAAGAGUAAGGUGGACAAAAUUGUAGUGCUGUGGACUGCCAACACAGAGAGGUAUAGUAAUGUGAUUGUGGGGCUAAAUGACACAAUGGAAAAUCUUCUGGCUUCUGUGGACAAAAACGAGUCGGAGAUAUCUCCUUCUACACUGUAUGCAAUUGCUUGUGUCCUUGAAAAUGUCCCUUUCAUCAAUGGUAGCCCACAGAACACUUUUGUCCCAGGGUUGAUUGACUUGGCCAUUCAUAGAAAUAGUUUGAUUGGUGGGGAUGAUUUUAAGAGUGGUCAAACCAAGAUGAAAUCUGUUCUGGUAGACUUUCUUGUUGGUGCUGGUAUUAAGCCAACAUCAAUAGUGAGUUACAACCAUCUGGGAAACAAUGAUGGAAUGAACCUCUCAGCUCCUCAAACCUUCAGAUCCAAGGAGAUCUCAAAGAGUAAUGUUGUCGAUGACAUGGUCUCUAGUAAUGGCAUUCUCUAUGAGCCUGGCGAGCAUCCUGACCAUGUGGUGGUCAUCAAGUAUGUUCCUUACGUGGGGGACAGUAAGAGGGCCAUGGAUGAGUACACUUCGGAGAUAUUCAUGGGUGGGAAAAGCACCAUAGUGUUGCACAACACAUGUGAGGACUCUCUCUUGGCCGCUCCAAUCAUACUUGAUUUGGUUCUUCUUGCUGAACUCAGCACUCGCAUUCAGUUCAAGGCUGAAGGAGAGGGAAAAUUCCACUCUUUCCACCCUGUGGCCACCAUCCUCAGUUACCUUACAAAGGCUCCUCUUGUACCACCAGGCACGCCUGUGGUGAACGCUUUAUCGAAGCAGCGUGCGAUGCUGGAGAAUAUAAUGAGAGCUUGUGUUGGGUUGGCACCUGAGAACAACAUGAUUUUGGAAUACAAGUGAAGUCUAAAAGCGUUUGAGUUUGAUAGAAUUUGGUUUUCUAUAAGUUUGUGAAAAUAUGCAAUUAGUUUCUGUUUGCUCCUUUUUCCUCUUUUUCUUUUCUUUAAGCCCUCUUUUUGUAUUCAUGGCUUGGGGAAGCUGCUUAAUCUUGUCAAGCUAUGUUUGUAAUGGAAUUAUAUAUAUUAAAAUAAAUUAGAUUUUAAUGUUUUUGGUAAA